CGCGCGCCUCCGCCUCACGUGCACGUGCACUCGCGGAGUACAUGGUCGCGCACUCGUAGAGCCGCCGCGCCGGUAGCACUGCACUCCCGCGGGAUAUGUCACACGCGUCCGCUCGCACUGUCAUAUAAUUACCUUACUUAUCUGUGAUAUGGGGAAGAGGAGACGUAGAAGUGAUAAUGAGUGGGGGCUGCGCUGCGCGGGGUUGUGCGGCGCGGGCGGGCGCUGCGUGGCGGCGAGCGGCGGCGUGUGCGCGUGCGCGGCGGGGCGGGGCGGCGCGCACUGCCAGCGCUACGUGGGGCACGACUCCGCCUGCGCCGCGCUCUCCUGUCCGCCGCACGCGUUCUGCGCCUGGCGACCUGAUGACGACCCGCUGGGCCCGGGCGAGGCGUUUUGCGCAUGCGAGGGCGAAGGAUGCGAGAUGGGCGGGGCGGUGCGCGGGGGUGGGGGCGGGGCGUGGCUGGGCGGGGUGCUGGCGCUACUUACGCUGGUGUCCCUCCUCCUCGCCGCGCUAUACCUCGUACACAGGAGACGUCGGGGGGCGUUCGUGCACGCGCGUCUGGCGGACAACGUGGAGAUCAGCAACCCGAUGUACCUGGCGGGCGAGGACGAGCCGGAGCCGCGCGGCGCGCACGACGCGAACGGCGGCAACCACUUCGCCAACCCCGUGUACGAGAGCAUAUACUCCCCGCAGGAGGCGCACCCCACUGAGGAGCGCGCCAACUUGCUGCAGGAGGGUUCUCCGGCACGCCUGUAGACCGCUCUAGUGCGGUGCAGGGCGCCGGCAGUGUGCGUGUGCACCAGAUGCGUAUGCAAGCUGACGUGAAGAGAGAUGGAGCUGCGUGUAUUGUUCGGUGUCAGAAUCCCGGCCGGAACAUCAUCAACAUGUAUUAUACAACAAACAACUUCUAGUAAUUUUACAAGUUAAUUAUGUUACAUAAAAUUAUCUUCA